AUGACCGGGUCAGAGAAAGAGGCCAUGGAGCGCGAGCGUCGAGUGUUACAUAGGGCGAAGACCAUCGCGAUGCUAAAUCGCGAUAGCACGUUGAACCGUAUGAAGGCCAUAGCUGACAUGGCGUCCCGAGUGAGGGAUGCGUCCGAGUUGAAGCCCAAAUUAUUAACUGCAGCCGGUGACCUAGACUCCCUAUGGGAUACAUUUCUUCGACAUAAUGAUGCGGUUUUGAAUGCGUUACUAGAUUUGGACUUAGCCUCAGAAUAUUCUGUUACUCUGGAAGCGGAGGUUCGUACUCUGUACUUUGACGCACGUUCUAUAGUGGAAGAAUUUGCUCCCCUACACACAAGCAGGGCCUUAUCACAUGGUUCCAGUCGCUCAUCAACAUGA